CUUCCACAGAGAUUUUCACGUGUGUUGUAGAGUGUGUGAAAUGCGCUCUAGCAUGGGUUAAGAUUUAGUUGCUAAGUUCUAGUCUAAGGGUUUUAUAUAAAUUAGUGCUGUCAAAGAAAAAUAUUAAUAACAGACAUCCUUCUUUGAUUUUAAGUUUUUUUAUCCACCAAACCAAACAUUCACUAUAAAGAUAUUCCUGACCAAAUUCCAUUCCACCAGUGGCUUUUCUUUUACCCAAAGUUGUUCUUCUCUUUCCUGUUCCCAAGCCAGGCUUAAUAAGUUUGAAUUUCAAAAGGCAUGGCUUGAGGUGGGUGGAAGGCCUGAGACCACCUGGUGACCUGAUACCCUUUGCUCUCUGUAAAAGGGGAGGCCAGGGUUCAGUCAGUUAUGUUGAGAUUGGUCAGUGGUCGGUGUUCUAGUCUUUUCUCUCCUCUUCUCUUUAUAAGCCUCAUUGUAACUGACUUACUUGGAGCCGUUUGCUUUUUCUGGAAUCAAAAUGGUCUCCCUGUGCGUAUAGAAUAACUGCUCAGAAUAAACCUUAUGUUUCAGUUUCUCUGAGUUUUGAUUAUUUUUAACACUACGUGAUUCCACACCAUGGCUCUGUGAAGUGGCACUGCUUUUUUCUAUUUUAAAGAUGUCAUUUACCCACAGUCACCCAACUAGUAGGAGGCAGUACGGUUGGAACCUCAGCAGGCUGAGACCAGAGCCUGAGUUCAUUAUCGCUGGGAUAUAUUGUCCAUGAGCAUCAGAGAACUGGCUGGAAUCAAAUUGAUGGUACCUUCAAAGCAAGACUAACGUUCGGCGUUCCCAGGACUCUGCGUAUCUCAGGACUCUGUACAUCACCAGAAGUAGGAAGAAAAAUGAGCAGGUUCAUGGAAUCAGUGACAUUCAAGGACGUGGCUGUGGUCUUCACUGAGGAGGAGCUGGGGCUGCUAGACCCUGCCCAGAAGAAGCUGUACCAAGAUGUGAUGGUUGAGACCUUCAGGAACCUGGUAUCAGUGGGGGGCAAGAACCCAAGGCAGGUGGAGUUGGCUCCACAAGCAGAACCACAUGAGGAGCUUUCCAGUUUGCAUAUCUGGCAACAAAUUGCAAGUGACUUAACCAGGUGUCAAGAAUCUGUGAGCAAUAGGUCUCAGUUCUACAAACAAGGUGAUUCACCCUCUCCUGUUGCAGGAGGACUGUCUGUUAUUCACACAGGAGAGAAAACUUUCCAGUAUAAUGAGUGUACAGAAACCUUCAGUGAUGUUCCCAGCUUUGAUCUUCAUCAGCAAUUACACUCAGAAGAGAAGUCUCUCACAUGUAGUGAGUGUGGAAAAAGCUUCCGUUAUAUCUCACGUCUUCGUAAUCAUCAGAGAGUUCAUAUGGGAAAGAACCGCUAUAAGAGUGAUGUAUGUGGUAAGGAAGUUAAUCAGAGCUCGCAUCUCCAAAGUCAUCUGAAUGUCCACACUGUAGAGAAACUACACAAAUAUGAGGAAUGUGGGAAGCGUUUCAAGCAUAGAGCAACACUUAAAGUUCAUUGCAAAGGCCACACAGGAGUGAAACUUUAUAAUUGUGAGGAAUAUGGGAGGGAUUUUAUGUAUCCUUCACAUUUUCAGGAACAUGAGAGAAUCCACGUUGGCAAACGGUCAUUCAAAUGUGAUACAUGUGGUCAGAACUUUCAGUGUAGAGCAGCACUUAAUACUCAUUGCGUGGUCCACAAGGGAGAAAAACCUUACAAAUGUGAAGAGUGUGGGAAGGGCUUCAGUCGUAGAGCAGGUUUUCAGAUUCAUUAUAGAAUCCACACAAGAGAGAAACCCUAUAAUUGUGAGGAGUGUGGGAAGGGUUUUAGCACCACUUCACAACUUCUGGCCCAUCAGAGGGUCCACAAUGGAGAAGAGCCAUUCAGAUCUGAAGAGUGUGGAAAGUACCUCAGUCAUAGAUCAAAUCUUCAACUUCAUCAUAGAAUCCACACAGGAGAGAAACCCUAUAAUUGUGAGGAAUACGGGAAACGUGUCAGGCAGGCUACGUAUCUUUUGACCCAUCAGAGGGUCUACAGUAGAGAAAAACGGUUCAAAUGUGAAGAGUGUGGAAAAGGCUUCAGUACUAGAUUAAAUCUCCAAGUUCAUUGUAGAAUGCACACAGGAGAGAAACCCUAUAAAUGUGAGGUGUGUGGGAAGGCCUUCAGACAUGUUUCACAAUUUUUGCCCCAUCAGAGAGUCCACAGUGGAGAAAAACCCUUCAAAUGUGAAGAGUGUGAGAAGAGCUUCCGUCAGAAGUCGCACCUUAAAGCCCAUCGAAGAGUCCAUAGUGAAGAAAAGCCAUACAAAUGCGAAGAGUGUGGGAGGGGUUUCAAGUGGAACGGUAAUCUUAACAUACAUCUGAGGGUCCACACAGGAGAGAAACCAUAUAAGUGUGGGGAGUGCGGAAAGUACUUCAGUCAGUCCUCGAGUCUUCAUUACCAUGAGCGUAUCCACACUGGAGAGAAACCGUACAAAUGUGAUGUAUGUAGUAAAGUCUUUAGUCAAUCUUCACAACUACAGUCUCACCAGAGAAUUCACACUGGGGAGAAACCAUACAAAUGUGAAGAGUGUGGGAAGGGCUUCAGUCGUAGAGCAGAUUUUCACAUUCAUUAUAGAAUCCACACAGGAGAGAAACCCUAUAAUUGUGAGGAGUGUGGAAAGGCUUUCAGGACCUUUUCACUAUUUCUGUCCCAUCAUAGAGUCCACAGUGGAGAAAAACCAUUCAAAUGUGAAGAGUGUGGGAAGUACUUCAGAAGUCGAUCACAUGUUCAACAUCAUCGUAGAAUCCACACAGGAGAGAAACCAUAUAAUUGUGAGGAGUGUGGGAAGUGCUUCAGGCAGGUUGUGCAUCUUUUGAAGCAUCACAGUGUCCACAGUAGAGAAAAACCAUUCAAAUGUGAAGAGUGUGGGAAGUGUCUCAGUCAUAGAGAACAUCUUCAACUACAUCGUAGAAUCCACACAGGAGAGAAACCCUAUAAUUGUAAGGAGUGCGGGAAGCAUUUUAGGUACCCUUCACAACGUCUAGCCCAUCAGAGUGUCCACAGUGGAGAAAAACCAUUCAAAUGUGAAGAAUGUGGGAAGUACUUAAGUAGUAAAUCAAAUCUUGAACGUCAUCGUAGAAUCCACGAAGGAGAGAAACGCUAUUAAUUGUGAGGAGUAUGGGAAGUGCUUCAGGCAGGCUGCGCAUCUUUUGAACCAUCACAGUGUCCACAGUAGAGAAAAACUUUUCAUAUGCAAAGAGUGUGGGAAGGGCUUCAGUAGUAGACUAAAUCUCCUAGUUCAUUAUAAAGUCCACACAGGAGAGAAACCCUAUAAAUGGGCGGUGUAUGGGAAGGCCUUCAGAAAUGCUUCACAAGUUUUGUCCCAUCAAAGAGUCCACAGUUGAGAAAAACCUCUCAAAUGUGAAAAGUAUGGGAAGUACUUCAGUCAGUCCUCAAGUCUUCAACAUUAUGAACGUGUACACACUGUAACAACACUGUACAAAUGUGAUGUAUGUGGUAAAGUGUUCAGUCGAUCUUCAAAACUAAAACUCACCAGAGAAUUCACACUGGGGAGAAAUCUUAGUAGUGUGAGAUUUGUGGUAAGAGUUUCAUUUGGAGAUCAGAUUCUUUAAAUAACAAAAUCCAUGCUGGUGAUCAAUUUUCUAAAUGCGAUAAAAGUGGCAAGAACAACAAAGAAUCCUCACAGGAAUGAAUUCUACAAAAUGAAUAUUUUAAAAAACUUAUGUACAGCCUGAAUUUCUGUAAUCCUUAGGUCAUAGAAGAGAAAACAUUUGUUUAAAUAAAGUCUGACUUUCAGCAAAGCACACAUCAAAGAACCUUCAUGAGUGGUGCAAUCGCGGCUUCAGUCAGAACUAAGAAAUUUAUGAGAUAUCACUCAACAGAUAGGCUUUGAGAAGAAUAAGAGUUUGAUGUGGUGGUAAGAAGAGUAUAAUGUGCAUACCCUAAUUAAUAUCCACUAGAAUGUAUGCUCCAUGUUUGUAGAAACUGCUGCGGAGUUUGUAAGUAUGCUUAAUGCUUAUUUGUUAAAUGAAUCAAAAAGAGACAAUGUACAGUAUUUGAAAAUUUUAUCCAGAAAGGAUACCUGUAAAAGUGAAUAUUCAAGGGAACAAACAUCUCAUAGGGCUAUAGCUUUCAUAGAUUCCUGUGAUGAAUCUGAGGAAAGUAAAUUGAAAACUUUUUGGAAAGGAUUUACCAUUCUAGAUGCUGUUAAAAACCUUCGUGAUUCAUGGGAGGAGGUCAAAAUAUCAGCAUUAAGAGGAGGUCGGGAGAAGUUGAUACCAGCCCUCAUGGAUGACUUUGAUGGGUUCGAGACCUCAACGGAGGAAGCAACUGCAGAUGGGCUGCUAAUAGCAAGAGAACUAGAAUUAGAAGUGAACCCUGAUGAUGUGACUGAAUUGCUGCAGUCUCAUGAUCAAAUUUAAUGGAUGAGGAUCUGCUUCAUAUCAAUUAGCAAAGAAAGUGGUUUCUUGAGAUGGAAUCUACUUCUGGUGAAGAUGCUGUUAACAUUGUUGAAAUGACAACAAAGGAUUUAGAAUAUUACAUAAACUUAGUUGGUAAAGCAGCAGCAAGGUUUUAGAGGAUUGCUUCCAAUUUUGAAAGAAAUUCUCAUUUGGGUAAAAUGGUAUCAAAUAGCAUUACAUACUACAGAGAAAUCUUUUGUGAAAGGAAGAGUCAAUCAAUGUGGCAAACUUCAUUGUUGUCUUAUUUUAAGAAAUUGCCAAAGUCACCCUAACCUUCAGUGACCACAACCCUGAUCAGUUUGCAGCCACAAACAUUGAGGCAAGACCCUCCACCAGCAAAGAUUAUGACUCAACGAAGUUCACGAUGUUGGUUAGUAUUUUUUAGCAAUAAAGUGUUUUUUCAUUGAAGUAUAUACUUCUUUUUUUUUUAGAGAUAAUGCUCUUGCACACUUAAUAGACUGCAGUAUAGCGUAAACAUAACUUUUAUGUGCACUGGGAAACCAAAAGAUUCCGGUGACUCACUUUAUUAUGAUAUUCACUUUAUUGCCGUGGUCUGGAACUGAACCUGCAGUAUCUCAAAGAUAUCCCUGUAUGUAGGAGAGUCUGCAUAUUGGGUUGGAAAGUCAUUCCUCCAAAAAGUCAAAAUCCCUUUGAAAGAACUAAAAAGAUAGGGUAACCUUAACUCGGAGCAGUGUGCUUUUUGUUUUAUAAUAUAUGUUAGAUUAAAACAUCGAAUCUGAAGUUGGGCUAAUAACCUAUGGGGAUUUUGCAGUGUAACAUUCAUGGCUUAUUUAAAGAAAACAUUGAAGUUAAUGAUGGCAUUGGGUACAAGACUAGAAUUCAGUACAGAGUGUUAAUGGAUCUGAGUUUUCAUGCCCAGGUUGUGGAUGAGGAUGACAGAUCCAACAUUCAGUUAAAUUACUGGCACUAGCUACUGAUUGGGCUAAUUUAACAAACGCAUUCCUUUAUGUGUCAGAAGAAAUUUCUCUAAAUAGAAGUGUAAAACUUAAAUGGACCUUCAUAUUGAAUAAAACUAAGCAAGAAAACCAUAAGUAUAAAGUUCAUAACAUAAGAAUAGCUGCACUUACAAAGUAGAGUUUACGAAAUUCAGUAAGAUAAAUGAGGGUGGUAGUCUUGUUCUUUGAUGUUGGGAUCAGCUGUCUACCUCAAAUGUCAUCUACUUUUGGCAACUAGGGCAUUUUAAAGUGAUUUUUAGUUCUCUGAAAGGCUGACUAGUCCCAAGAGGUGUUUCAGCCUUUUUAGGUGUUACAAAGAGAUCCAAGGUUUAAUUCCUAGUUGGGCAGCACAUGGAUUGGUGAGGAGAGCUAGUUAUGGCCCUUUCCAUUGAGGUUCUAAUGAGUCCUUUAACUGAUGUUUUUUAAUGCAUGUAUUCUCCUGGGGUGAUGUUAAACAGAUUUUUGGAUUUUGAUUUCUAUUUAUCAAAUACUUCUUUAACUAGUGAAAAUUAUCCUAUAAAGCAUUAGAUUAAGGAUUGGUAAUAUCUUCAUAAGUGACGUUGAACAAGGUUAGAGUCAGCAUAAGUAACAUACGAGAAAUAAUGGGUCUUCUGGUAGUAAUUUCUGAAAUAGCUGAUUCUUAUAUUAAAAAAAGAAAGGGAAAUAAAAAAUGAUUUCUUAGAUUUAGAAAAUGGAACAUUAUAUAUCAGUGAUAUUCUCAUGUAAACUUUAUAGCAAUUUUUUUAGUUAGUCCUAUGUAGUUGAUUUUGAUUCCAUGUAAUUCUGGAUUAUUAGCAGUUUGAAAACUCCAUCAGUUUCUAUGUAAGAGUUCUAGAAAUCUCGAUGUAGUCUAAUAGUAUUCACAUUUUAAAUGUUAUACUCCUUCUUAAAGCCUUGCUGUACUAAUUAAAAUAAACAAUCCAUCCUGUUUAGUGUACUUUAAAAAAAUUUUUUCCCAUACAGAAAUUUAUACAUAUAUUGUUAUGUGACUCUAAUCGCUCUCCCC